UUGUUGGCAGUAGCUUAAGUCGUGCACUAGGGUUACGUGUGCACUCUCAACUGGAUGGUUUUCCUUCUGCAUCUUAUAUUACACAUGUCUGGUUGUUAUUUCGUGUUAGUCGGUCAUUCUGCUUGAUCGGGGGGUAUCUCAGUCACACACAUGUGUUGAGCUACUGUCAAUAUGUGUUAUCUACAGCUGAGGACAUUGCUCUUUCUAGCGUGGGUGGUAGGAUACAUCGCAUUUCUUCUUGCCAUUAGAAGAAUGUGGACGGGUAAAUACGUGCGCAGUCCACUCGCCCGUUCGUUUUUCAUGAACAUGGUGAGCGAAAGCGAAGCAACCACGCUCGAAACGCAGGAGUGGUAUCGGUGUGCCCCCGACCUUCUCGGGGAGGCGAUGCGACCGUUGUUUGUCCAGAGCCACCUGGACUCCGAUACUCAAGCUUUCCUGAGACGCAGCGUUGAGAAGUCAGGCUGGAUGUUUACUCAGCUCUACCACUCCUUUGUGUCCACAGUCCUCAGCCCGCUCGUCUCGCGCACAUCCAUCAACGGGUUCCUGAGUCGUGGCUCCAUGUUUGUGUUCUCUGCGGAUCAGUUCCGCCGGCUGCUCCGCAUCGCCCCCGAGUGGCAGGCAGAAAGACUGCUGGACCUGGGGGCUGGGGAUGGGGGAGUCACGGAUGUCAUGGGGGCUCACUUCAGAGAGGUGUACGCCACGGAGGUCUCCCCGCCUAUGAAGUGGCAUCUUCAGAGGAGGAAUUACAAGCUUCUGGGUAUAGAGGAGUGGCAGCAGGCUGGCAUCCAGUACGACCUGAUCAGCUGUCUGAACCUGCUGGACCGCUGUGACGAGCCCCUGGAGCUCCUCAGGGCCAUCAGGCAGGCGCUGGUGCCCAGGACAGGAAGACUCCUGCUAGCCGCAGUGCUGCCCUUCCAGCCCUACGUGGAGAUAGGUGGCAAAUGGCAGCGCCCCCGAGAGCACCUGAAAGUGAAGGGCAAGACGUGGGAGGAGCAAGUGACAAACCUGUCCAAUGAGGUGUUCCGGGGGGCGGGGUUUGAGGUGGAGGCGGUGACUCGUCUGCCCUACCUGUGCGAGGGGGACAUGUACAAGGAUUACUAUGUCCUGGACGACGCCGUGUUCGUCCUGAAGCCCGUGGACGAGUGAAGGCCGACCAGGAUGAGGGUCUGGAGUCCCGAAGCUCCAUCCUUGUGACCGCAACCAGGUCAACCGAUCAUCUUAGCCCAUGUUGUUAUUCAUCCAUGUCACACAAACGCAGGGGAAUUGCCAAGCUGGCUCUCCUGAACCGUAGGUCGGGUGCUGGUUUUAUUUUACAUGGGUGAGACAUGUCUGGCAUGGGACAUGUUUUGCAAAUCUAUCCCCCCCCAUCCCCCCCACACUUUUUAUUAAGAAAAUUAUAUUUAAUGGUUGCAUCGUCAUAAAUAAAUAAAAAGAUGUCUGAAAACAGUUUUAAAACAAACUUACGCCCCUGGGUUUGAAUCUGUCUAGAACAUUUAAGACGUUUUAUCUGUGUGUACAGAAGGGCUAUUUUCCCUUUUGUGGUGCUGUUUGAAGGCUGGUACAUGUGGUUGUUGAGAGUUCUUCAAACUCUACAGUCUAUUGUCACCAGUGUAGGAUGGUAUUUUGUUGACAUCAUCAUUGUGACCCAUUACAGUGGACUGAUGAAUCUUGACAAAGCUCAGGUAGCUUGUAUGCAUCUGCCAUCUUGUGUAAUACCUCUACUUUAUUGUGCGAAAGUAAGUUGAUUGGUAUGUUUUUUAUGAAAUGUAACCUUGCGGGUAUUGUACACCUGUGUUGCAUUUGGUGAAAAAUUAAGUCUUCCUCUGUUAAACUGUAACUGUCAUCUCACCCUUCUCACUGGGUCAUUCCUUCCACAGCAGUAGUUUGUGUAAGAAUGAAAUCUGUUGUCUGGAUUUAGGCAGACAUAGAUAGAAUUCCAACCUAUUGUUGCUUGUAAACGCACACAACUUUCACAGGACCAACAUAAGAAAAGCACACAUUUUCUCAUGCAUUAUUAAUAUCCAUUUACAAUCCCGUUACAGGGGUGUGAAUAAUGAAAGCAAUAUGAGGCCUUUCAAAAUGAGUACCUCCCAUCCAUAUCGUUCAUGUUAACUCGUAUGUGCCACUCAUUGUAUUACUGUAUUUGAUGGGUUAUCACCACAGAGCCAAUAAAAACAUUUUUUUUCUGUGA